CAAACUCGGUUAUAAUUUCAGUAUCGAGACAUGAAAGAUUGCAGAGUGCACUUUUGUCAGUUUUAUGUCACCGUGUUAUUAAAGUGCACAGAUUGUAGAUUGUCGAAAAACACAGUGUAGCUAUAACAUCUGUGGAUCGAGGAGCCCCUGAUACAUUGUUGUAAACAUACAGCCCGUUAGAGCCACAGGGAGCCCUGAUGACGCGCUGCUUCAUGUCUCGCUCAUGUGUGAACUUGAACGUGAGGGCAGGAAAUAAGGCGCGCUCCUCUUGUCUGUGGCACAUUGAGCUCUUAACAGGGAAGGGCAACGUCAGAGUUUAACGCAGUGAUGGAGGCAGGAAAUGAUCAGUAGGAUAAUCGGACUGCUGGACUUCUUUAGAGACAGAGAAGACUUGGAGAGAGGCGUCGGAUCGGAGCGUUUUUCAAUGUUUUGAAAGCUGUUUUUAACUCAAGACCUGCUUCAUCAUGACUCAGUGGAUGCACAUGUCUCAGAUGAUCCUGUGCCUGCCUGAUGACACAGUCAACAACCUCUACCCUCCCACUGCCUUCCCCAUCGAAGUCAGACAGUUUUUAGCUGAAUGGCUUGAGAGCCAAAGAUGGGAGGACUUUUCACUGGAAAACAUGGAGCAGGAGAGCCAGGCUCAGACUCUGUUGGACCAGAGCAUCACCCUGCUGCGAACAAUUGCCCAGCAGAACAAUAACGUGGUGUACAGGAUGAAGCUGAUGCAGAUUAGCAGGAACAUGACCAUGUUUCAGUCACAGCCACUGCAGUUUGCGGUGAUGGUCAGAGACAUCCUCAGGAAAGAGAGGGUCCUGCUUGCCACGCCUGCUCCAAUGCCCAUGCCCAACCCACCACAGUACCCACAGUACCCGAACAGAGAGUCCUCAUUCCCCAACAUGCAGGAUGUGGAUCAUCUGGUUCUGAAAGUGCUGGAGGUCCAGGACAUCCGACAGAAGAUACACCAGCAGCAAGAAGAUCUCAACUGGGAGAGGCAGAACUAUGAGGGCCUGCAAGGACCGAUCCAACAGAACGGAAUGGAUCCAGCUAAUUCAGAAAUCCAGAAACUCCAGAACCACAUCCAGCAGCUGGAAUACAAUAUGAAAGCAAUGGCCACGAAGCGUUUCCAGCUGCUGAAGGAGUGUGUGGACUGUCUGGACCAGUGUCAGAGCCGACUGAUCAGCAGGCUAAAGUCGUGGAGGUGGGAGCAGCACAAAGCCACCAUCGGACAUCCUUUUGACGACAACCUCAACCCGCUGCAGACAUGGUGUGAGCAGCUGCUUGGGGUGAAUGGGAAGCUGAGGCAAGAACUGAUGCUGAUAGCAGAGCCGAUCCCAGAGCUCCAGGAAAGGCUGGGGAAACUUGUGCAGAUUCUCAUUCAAAGCUCUCUUGUCGUGGACAGACAGCCUCCUCAGGUCAUUAAAACUCAGUCCAAGUUCUCCACCACUGUGCGAUACCUGCUGGGGGAGAAAGUGGCUCCAGGGAAGCCUGUGGUGCUGAAGGCACAGAUCAUCAAUGAACUGCAGGCCAGGAACCUUGGCAGCAUACCUGGUGAUAAUGUUGGGGAACUGAUCAACAACACAGCUGUCCUUGAACACAACACAGCCAGCAAGAGCACAUGUGCCACCUUCAGGAACAUGUCCAUCAAGAAGAUCAAGAGAGCUGACAGAAAGGGAUCAGAGUCUGUGACGGAGGAGAAGUUUGCUCUGUUGUUCUCCACAGAGAUCACCAUCACAGGCUGUGACACUCCCUACAGGAUACAGAUGAUCUCUCUACCAGUUGUGGUUAUUGUUCAUGGUAGUCAAGACAACAACGCUCUGGCCACUAUCAUAUGGGACUGUGCUUUUUCUGAGCCUGACAGGGUGCCAUUCGUAGUGCCUGAGCGGGUGCCCUGGAGGAUGAUGUGCAGCACCCUAAACAGUAAAUUCACCUCUGAGGUUCAGACGCAGCACAAUCUGGUUGAGUACAACCAGAUAUUCUUGGCACAAAAGAUUUUUGACCAACCUGACUUUUCUGACGACUUCAGCAACUCGUUGGUGUCCUGGGCUCAGUUUAAUAAGGAGGUCCUGCCAGGUCGGCCGUUCACAUUCUGGCAGUGGUUCGAGGGAGUGAUGGAGCUGACAAAGAAGCAUCUGAAGACGUACUGGAGUGAAGGGCUGAUAUUUGGUUUCAUUGGAAAACAGCAUCUACACCUGAUUCUCAAAGACAGACCCAAUGGGACGUUCCUGCUCCGCUUUAGUGACUCUGAGAUUGGAGGCAUCACCAUUGCAUAUGUUUCCGCAAGUGAGAACGGUGGACAGAAAAUCCAGAAUAUCCAACCAUUCACCAAGAAAGAUCUCGAGAUCCGUAGCCUUGGAGACCGCAUUCGAGAUAUCAACCAUAUAACACAUCUGUAUCCUGAGUCUCCAAAACAUGAAGUCUUCAAAAAGUUCUACUCAGCCGAGCCUCAAACCUCUGCCAGCCACGGUUACAUUCCUGUGUCUCUACAUACAAAAGUCGGCACGGAAGCUGACUCUGCCUCACCUCCUGCAUCUCUCGCUGAAAGCCCCCGCAAUAAUGUCUUUUCUGUACAUCCAUUCCCACAGCCAUUUAGCCCACAAGAGCCCAUGGACUCUGCUCAUUCUGGCAACUUCAGUCCACACCCUCCUGUGUACACUGAUAACAUUCCCAGCAACAUGGAUCUUGAUUUCGACUCACUUCUUCAAACCCCUCUGAGUAAUUCACUCUUCUCAGACUAAUCAAGAAGAAAGUUGUUUCUGGGGUCCAAAGACGUCAGAGCCAAACUGUUCUGCCAGACUUUUGUAUGGAAAACUUUUCUGCAGACUGUCAUCGCCCAUCUCCAGUUUCUUCUACCUUUAAGUACAAACUUUUUAUGGACACAUUCUCUACAUGUUGAGCUGGUGCUACAGGAAAUAAAGUCCAGUCAAGUGCAAAGUAAAAGUGAAAAACCUGAAAGAAGAGUCUGUGCAACCUUUUCUCUCUCCUGGUUGAAGUUUUUUUUUAAUCUGAUUUACUUUAAUACUCUGUUACCACUGCACAGAAUAAAGUCCAUCUCUGUUGUAUAAAACCCCUUCAUGCAAUUUAAAAGCUGUGCCAAGCCUUGUUGUGGCAUGUCAGACACAUGCAAGAGUAUGCAUGGGAAAUAUUUCUUAAAAUAUUUGUGAGCUUAACUUUUUUCUGGUUUUCUGUUGUAACAAUACUCCUCUGUAGCGGCGGUGAUUUUAAACUUUACUGCAUUAAUGGACCCGUAAGAAGCAGAAUUUAGAAGAGGUGAUGAUGAUGAUGAUAAUGAUGAUGAUGAUGAUGAUGAUGAUGAUGAUGGGAAAUACUUUUAUGUGUACUAAAAGACUAAAUAAGGUGUAUUUUCUCUAUAUGUAUAUAUUUUUUGAGCCUUUGUUAUAACUUAGCCAAUCAUCUGGAAAGUUUUUAAAUCAUGAGCUAGAUUGCUGUUUUAUUAUUUUUUUAAAACAAAAUCUUCUUUUUGUCAUUGAAGCAAUCUGUAUCUGUUUCAACCUUUAGUCUGUUGUAGUAUUGGGAGAAUUAUCCAAAGUCUAAAUACAAUUUCUCCUUUAAUCCUGGAUAUAAAUCCUCAAAUGAGAUAUUGUGUUAUAUUGCAUUAGUCAGUUGGGUCAUGGGAGCAAAAGAAAUGUCAUUGCACUUGACAAGAAAAUAUUCAGGGAAAAGAUACACAGUGAAUAAGUCUGGCAGAGGAUGCUAUAUAUUUGUGUGCUUGGCACCAGAUGUUUUAAUAUUCCAGCUUUUAAUGGCAACUAAAUUCAUAUUAAAAUCAGUGAGUUCUCAUAACCUACUCUUUGUAUAGGAAGCUUUGCACUCCCAUCUCUGUCAAUUUUAUACAUUUGAUCAUAUAAUGUUGGGAUUUGUGUACCGCACUGCAUGUACAUUUGCUGGAUGAUAAUAUUUGUGGAUCAUGCCAUGCUAAAACUAUAACCCAUAUAUCCUUCAAUAUUAGUGUCAAAUAAAAUCUAAGUUGGGAACAGAA